AUGUCAUCUGUGUACAACGGAGGUGCUACUGCAAGAUCUUCGCAAUAUACGCCGCGACAAAUGGUUGUCAGAGAUAUCACAAAGGCGUUUUCAGAUGCUUCUGCAGAAUUGCGACAGGGACAAUUGGUCAAGGAUGACUUCUUUACGCUUUUCGAGGCUGUUGGAGCGCUUGAGAUCAUGGAUCCUAAAAUGGACAGUGGAUUGUUGAUUCCAGACAAGGAUGCUGCAGUAGACAAUUUCGACCCGCUGCAAAACAUGUUGCCCGAGGAAAUAAUUGGUGUCAUGGAUCAAUUACUCUCUUUUGAAAUGGCCUGGCACCAAGGAUACGCACUCUCUCAGACAUUGUUUACUUCUCUGCACAUGUACUCUCUGCUAACACCUUACUACCGACCUCUCAACGCUAUUGUGUUUAACCCAAAGAGAAACAGCCCUGAGCAACCAGAUUCACUCAUCAGCAGUGUGCUUCGAGCAUUCUGUCUCGGCAUCAUCAAGUCCUGUGAUGCAGUGAUUCAAGAAAUCACUUCUGAGCAUUACUACGAGGAAGAGGAUUUUGUCACUCAGACUUUCACGCAGUACAUGCUUAACGAUGUCACUCAUGAAGAUGUGAUUGAUGAACUGCACAACGCUUUGGAUGUUCUGAAAACACAGGAUGUAUCUCAAGACAUCAAAGAGGCACUUCAGCAGCGUUUGCAGUUGCGGAUACACCUUCUCGAGGCUCUGGAGCCCUUGAGUCUUGUUGAAGUGGUUGACAAGACUGAGAUGUGGAAAGCAGUACUUGGCGCUGUGAACAGAGUCAAUGAAACAGCAAAGCUUGGAAAAGCAAGACCUGACUUUUUCUCCGAGCGCGUUCAAAGACAUCUGGCUAGUAACACACCCCCGACACCUAUGAUCAAGACGAGUUGGGAAGAGGCGUAUCCUCGCUUCACACGAAUGGCCGAGGACAACAUCGAAGCUCAUCGGUUCGCAAGCAUCAACAACCCAAGCCCUCUAAACGUGACUCGCUUCGCAUGGGACUUUUCCAACCGCACACCCCAACCCUCGACCUACUCCCGUUCCAUCCUCCAAGGCCUCCUCUUCAAAGGCCAAAAACUGCUCUCCAAAACUCCUCACCUGUCUCUUCUACUCGAAGACAUUCGCAGCCUGACUAUGUCAGGGGACCCACUCCUCAACCCAGCAAACUGGGAAGUUGAAUUGCCUACAGAUGCACGCUACCUCUCUUCCCGCAUCAUCGACGAAUUCAUGGCAAAAGCUUUGGACGAAUACAUCAACAUCCCUCGCAUGAUACUGCAAAACCGAUGUCGUAUGAGACGUACUUUUUGUCAGAGUGUCGGUGUGUUAGAUGGCCUACAAGCAGAAGCCGAAACCGCAGAUGCAGAGUUACACACCUUAUUCCCUACUCCUUCUUCUGCGAUCGAAAAGUUCUAUCCCCUGGCUGCUUGGACGUACUUCCACAAGUUACGAGUUAUGGAGUGGAGUCUGCAACUAGGCUUUGAACUCGAAGUCUACCAAGACGCCGAAAUGGCUUACUUAUAUCGUUUCCUGGGUUUCGUGGCUGCGACAAGGGCAGAGCAUUUGCAACACAUCGAUUUAUUCCUACACUUGCGAAGCAGAAAGUUCAAAAAGCAAGGGGACAGGGAAAUGGCAGAGCAGGUUGCUACCUCACAAGCAAGUCUUGCAUUUCACACUGCACAGGCAAGCGUAACUGCGGAAUUUGCUUCUGCGUUGGCUUCUGUGUAUGCGGUUUUGGAGGCUUUGAAACUGGUUAGCCGGCUCAACACAGCCGAGCUCUACUCAACGGAUAAUCGCAGACAUGAGUUACGUCUGAAACCUUUUUUGCCGAUCGGAACGCCAUCUCUGCCUUCUGCAGACGAUAUUGCCUCUGCUACAACCCUUGCCCCAAGCUCCUCUUUCGCCUCCGUCUUCAGCACAAUCUCCUCUCGCCUCAGCUCCGCAAAAACUGCCUUGGGGGUUUGGAAAUCAGCAAGUCCUGGAAUUGGCGCCUACAAGGGCUGUGAAAGCGCCUUUAAAGCCGAAGUCCAAGGAGUAUUGGGAAGUAUCGUUGCGACAGGGUUAACAGUGGCAUUACUGAAGAAAACAGUAGAGGAGUGUGGGAUUAGGACUGUAGGGGAUGUGAGUGGCAAAGAAGAAGACUUGAAGAAAAAAUUGAAGGUUGAGGUUGUGGGAGAGAAGAGAUACUCAAGCUUCUGGGCUGUGCCGAAGGUAAGUGGUGUGUGA